AUGCGCCCUCCAAAUAGCCCAUUAGAUCAUCGGCAACAAGAUCCAAAACCGCCUAGUCCACCAGAUCGUUUUGAGCCUCCUUCCAACAAGCAGUCUUCGGUCACUGGGCAACAUGAUCUACAGACACCUGGCCAUGAAGUAAAGAUUCAAACGGCAUCUUUCGGUCAAAAGCCCCCUUUCAAUAUUCGACCUCGAAUUCAGAGUGACGGCGCUCCUUCCAGUAUAGUAUCGCAACAUCGGAUAUCGCAGUUUGCGAUCCAUGAUGGAGAAGAAAACAGUGACGAGGGGGAAGAUGAUGAAGAUACCAGUGGUGAAGAUGACGAAGAGGAAGGAGAAGAUGCUGGCGGAGCCUCGGAAGCGGCUUCACAUGAUAAGUCAGAGGAAGAUGUUAAGGCGGCCGGCCGAGCUUUUCUAGCGCUUGUACACGACGCUAUCAAGAACACAAAGAACGGUGUGGAACCCAAGAGAAUAGCGGAGCAGAGCUUAGUGUUAGAGACAAGGGACCCGCGUCCGCACCACAUACAGAUUGACAAAACAGAUAUGUCGACGCACCCCGACUUGGUUCUACAACUUGUGUUUGGCAAAAUCAAGCAAAGAAAAAAGAUCGGAGUGGUCUUAGAAUUCAAAAAGAGGGAUCACAAAUUGAACGACGAAGAGAUUUUGGGACAAGAGGUUUCGGAGUUGCUCGGCGCGGUCCUGGAAAAAAAGGCAGCGAGGAAGCAGAAAUCAUACAAGUCAUAUCUCAUCUCCUGGCACGGCCUGAAAGGCUACAUCAGCCGUUUCUACGCUACCAAAGAGUAUCUGAACCAGCUUCAAGAGAAUUCACGAGGUCUUCAAGACAUGGAUCCCCCACAAGUGAGGCGUUCAGAGGAAUUCGAUCUCACAAAGUCCGAAGAACGGGUUAACUUUGCAAUUGGGUGUGCACGCAUAGCGGUAGAAGAGCUGCUACAAUUUGAACGCAACCAGACGUCAGGUUUAUUGGAGCGCAUCCGCGCGUAG